AUUCUGUAUAAGAAACAAUAUUUUCAAAGCUGUUUUUUUACUGGAUCUUAGGUUGUACAUAACAACUGCAAAAUCGAAAUUCUAGGUUUUACUUUACAUGUAUAAAUCGAAAAACGAAGUUUCCUAGAACCUCACCAACCUCGUAUAUUUGGUUACUUUAUUUUUAAUAAUUACUUUGAAAUUGAAUCUUUCCUUAAUUUCUUGUCCCUUUUCAAUUCAAUUACGACCUUUUGUUCUAUCCAGAUUCAACCCUCAAUUUGGGGUUUUUUUCAAGGUUUGUGCAAAGUUUGGAUUUUUACAAGAUUGGCUUUCUGGGUUUGUGUAAAGUUGGGAUUUUUAGAAGAUUGGCUUUCUGGGUUUAUCUUAUGGUAAUGCAGGUUGAGAUUGGGAAUUUAGGAAUUUGUGAAUUUGGAAAUUUGAAAAUUGAAGUUGGGGUUUUUGGAUCAAGUUGAAUUUUUUUAUAGCAUUUUGUAUAUUAUAGUUUGAAGACUGAUUUUGGGGUGGUUAGAGACUAGAGAAGGUUAUGGAACUAGUUAGGCGUAGAGUAAUGGAUAAUGGGGGAGAUGAGGAGAUGGAUGUUGAAACGCCUGUAUCGGAGCAACGAUUCUAUCCUUCGCAUCCGGGUUUGGUGAAGAAGAGAGCUUAUAUAUUUGAUGGUUUGGGGAAUUUUUAUAAUAAGGAAUGGGAUUUGGCUGACUUUAAUCAGAAAGAAGAAAAGGAGUUGGGUAUGGAGGAAGGACGGGGGAAUGAGUUUUCUUGGUACCAUGUGGAGCUUCCGAAAGGGAAUCAGAAGUUGGCGCAAUCUGCGCAGGAUUUGAUUGGUGUAUUAUGUCCGCCGUUGAAGCUACAAGAUAUUCUUUCGCUUAUUAGCAAUGGACCGUUUUGUGCACAUGUGGAUGGUGCGCUUGUGUUUCGGGUUAACUCACCCGGUCCUCCUUCUAGUGAUUUUACUUUCAGGCUUGCUGCUAGAGUUACCGAGAAUUCGGUGAUUACAGUUUCGUUAGGGCGUGUACCUCGGCUGGGUUUCUCGCGUAUGGGGGAAUCUUUACUUUCGGAAGUCCCUAGCGUUGAAGGCUCCCCUCAGUUUAAUGGUCGGCAGAAGGAAGGAAGUGGGCCGGUGAUUAAGGAGCAUGUUCUUGAAUUCUUGUUGACUAUGAAUCAUUCUGAGGAAGCGGACAAUCCUGUUCCUAAAUCUGUCUCGAAUCUUGUCGUGCACAUAGUAGAUACACACGUUGAUCAGCUUCAAGAUCUCGUGACAAAGCUUGAGAUGGAGUUGGACUCCGUGGAGCUUGAUCUCGAUAAAGGUGGUUAUGCUCUGAAGAAACAAAUGCUAGAUGAUAGAAGAUUCCCUAAACUGCAUAUUAAUUUGCAGCGGCUCCUGCAGGUGAUUGCGCACGGAGAACAAGUGUAUCUUCGUGUAAAAGAAAAAUCGUCUUCGAAAAGAUGGUUUGCGAGCGAAGACAUUAACUCACUUGAAGAACUAAUUGGAAGGUUGAGAAGGCUAAAGGAGAAUUUAGGGUUUAUAGUUAAUCGUGUCACGGCAAUACAGGCUGGUCUUGACAGCUGGCAGUCGGAGCAAAUAAACCGUAAACUCUACUAUCUCUCGUUCCUAUCGAUAAUAUUCCUCCCGCUGUCCAUCAUAACAGGAGUUUUUGGCAUGAACGUUGGAGGAGUUCCGUGGACAGGUCAAAAUGCGCCGGAGCUAAAGGAUGGUUUCCGCAACGUCAUGCUAGUCUGUGUCGCUAUGCUUGUUCUUGUACUACUUUGCUUCAUUUUCCCGGCUCUUUAUAUGCGUAUAGCUGCUGUUUGGCGUGAAAAGAGAACUCUUGGAAGAAAUUGGUCGCUUAACAGGAAGUCAUUGUUGAGGAGACCGUUAAGAAUAGAAGAUGCGGCGAGAGGGGGUUACCUUCGGAUUUAACGGUGUUACGAUGUCUGCUUCGCUUCAUUCAUUCGACUAGUGAGCGUUCAAGUCAUACAGAAGAAACUAAUAAAACUGACAUUUGGUUGUGAAGAAAAGAAUCACCAAAAGCAAUUAUGGAACCCUCAUGUGCCACAUAUUCUCUUGAUGAUGAAAUGAGAGAUUGUGAUGAAGUCAAGAUUUUUGCUUAUUCUCUCAUUUAUUUUCCUUUGGGGGAGAAGGUUAUGUGGACCUGUGAGUACACUUUUUCAAAAAGCAAACUUGUACAGUUUUUUUCUUGGUUAUGAGAAGGGUUAUUAGAAAAAUGCUAUUGAAUGUCUUUUUAGAGCACAGGUUAAAGAAAGUAAGAAACUAUUAUAUUUUUAUACUCAAAAGUACACCAUUGUAACCUUAUAUGUCACCUCUUUCCUUCCAAGGUCAUGAAUGAGUCCAAACAUGAGACCAAACAUCAUGUGUGAUUAAAACCAAUUAAUGAUCACCAACGCCUUUCUUCUCUAGUUUCAACAAGACCAAUUAAUGACCAUCAAAACUAUGGUCAAAUGAUUAAGCCUGCACAAUAUGGCUAUUUAAUCUGUCUUGAAUGCAUUGUCUCUUGUCUCCUCUAUGUUGGUGUCGGCUCGGUUGGGCCGAAUUGGCUUCUAAACCGAAGGUCGGACCGACCUUCUAAAAAAAAAUGUCUUGAAUGCAUUGUCUCUUGUCUCCUCUAUGUUGGUGUCGGCUCGGUUGGGCCGAAUUGGCUUCUAAACCGAAGGUCGGACCGACCUUCUAAAAAAAAAUAGUUCGCCCUUGCUAUUGUAGGGAAGACUCUUUCAAUCUUGUCUGAAGCGUUCUAUAGCCCGACCUAUCAUUAGGGUGUGCUUUUCAUCACAUUAUUAAGGGAAAAUUC